AUGGGUUGGUUUUGGGCAGAUAAAAAGAGCAACUAUGCUAAUACACAAGGUCUCACUUCUACAUCACGAUCAUCUUCUCCCUCUUCCUCUUCCUCCUCCUCAUCGUCGGGGUGUCCAAUAGACUACUCGUCUUUUAACAAAUCCAGCUCAUCCUUAUCACCAGCAGUAUGUCCAGUAGUAAAUACAAGCAAAAGCAACAAGGACGACGAAGAAGUGUUGAACCCCUUGAAUAACAUGCCGAUGGCCAUCUCGUCUGAGCUAGCGCCAGGCCAGAAAAUUAAAUUAUCUACAGAGAGAACUAUCUCCACCAUCCCAAGAGGUGAAAAUGAUGACCAGGGAUUAUGGGAAUACCCAUCGCCACAACAAAUGCUCAAUGCCAUGCUCGCAAAGGGCAAAGGUGACGGGAUACCAGAAGAUGCUGUGGAAUCGAUGGUUGAAGUACACAACUUUUUAAACGAAGGUGCAUGGCAACAGAUUUUGGAAUGGGAAGAUAAAUACACACAGGAAACAAAAGUUGAACCAAGAUUGAAGAAAUUUACUGGAAAACCCCAUGACUUAUCGCCCAAGGCGAAAAUGUACCUUUGGCUUGGGAGCUUGUUUCCCGACACCUUCAACACAGUGCCGCCAUUCGAUAGACACGAUUGGACGGUUUUGAGAAGUAUGGGGAGAAACGAAGGAUGGAAGGAAGUAAGGUAUGUCAUUGACUACUAUAGUGCACCAGAUGACGAGGAGACCGGUAUGCCGGCAUUCAUGUUGGAUACUCGACCAGCAUUGGACAGCGUCGAAAGCAUACGCGACAGAAUAGUUACAUUUGCCGGACCAGUAUGGAGAAAGGCCAUGGGAGAAAUCGAUGAAAAGUAA